UUGCAAGUGAAAGCACUGGACGGGCGUAACCUUUCUCCCGACUGCUGGGGUUUCUUUAGGGUUUUAAACUUCUCAUCGUUUCUCGCUGUGAGGAUAAUCAUGGCGAAGCCCGGUCGAGGUCGACCGGCGACCCCCUCAGGGUCUGGGUCAGGCUCGUCAUCUCCGUCUCGCUCGUCUUCUGGUUCGGAUUCUCGCUCUCGUUCGCGUUCUCGGUCGUUCUCCAGGUCUCGAUCCAAGUCUUUCUCCUCGUCUUCCUCUCCAUCACGGAGCGUCAGUUCUAGCCGAAGCCCUCCGCCACAGAGAAGAAGUCCUUUAGGGGCAGGCAGGCGUGGUCACUCUCCGCCGCCACCAACUAAACGAGCUUCACCACCUCCAAGGAAAGCAUCUCCAGUUCUUGAGUCUGUGGUUCUUCACAUUGAUCAGCUUACAAGGAAUGUCAAUGAAGGCCACUUGAGAGAAAUAUUCAGUAACUUUGGUGAAGUUGUGAAUGUGGAACUGACAAUGGAUCGUAGUGUUAAUCUUCCACGGGGAUAUGGAUAUGUCGAGUUCAAGACCAGAGCUGAUGCAGAAAAAGCCCUUCUUUACAUGGAUGGUGCACAAAUUGAUGGGAAUGUUGUUCGUGCAAGGUUCACCUUACCUCCACGGCAGAAAGUUCUGUCACCUCCAAAGGCUGUCCCUGCUACUCAGAAGAGAGAAGGUCCCCAAAAGGAUAAUGUUGGUGCUGAUAUUGAAAAUGAUGGUCAACAACGACAGAGAGAAUCUUCUCCACGUCGGAAACCUCUUUCACCCCCACGGAGAAGAUCUCCUGUUGCUCAUAGAAGAGGUGAAUCACCUCGCCGGCGGCCCGACUCUCCUCAACGUCGACGUGUGGAGUCUCCUGUUCGUCGUCGUGGAGAAUCUCCAUAUCGCCGUGGUGAAACACCUCCUAGGAGGAGGUUGUCAUCACCAGCUAGAAGACGUUCUCCAUCCCCUCCAAGGCGACAUAGGUCACCAGCACGAGCUUCUCCCCGAAGGGUACGUGGUAGUCCAGUCCGCAAACGCUCCCCCAUUCCACCAAGGCGGCGAUCUCCCCCUAGACGGGCACGUAGUCCCCCUAGAAGGUCUCCUAUCAAUCGUAGGCGCAGUCGUUCUCCAGUUCGUAGGCUUGCUCGCUCACGUUCAAGAUCAGUCUCUCCUCGCAGGGGUCGAGCAUUAGCUCAAAGACGUGGGAGGUCUUCUUCAUCUGAAUCUAGUCCUCGAAAGGUAUCCAGGAGAAUUUCAAGGAGUCGUAGUCCAAGAAGGCCAGCAAGGGGUAGAGCCAGUAGCAACAGCCGCAGCAGCAGCUCCCCUUCUAAGCCAUAAAUUCUGGCGCAAUGGCUUUUAUAUUUCGGUAUCAUGUGACUGCUUUUGAUUUGAAGUGUUGUGGACUUUGUUAUUUUGGUUGUUUCAGUCUGUGGUUACGUUAUAUGUACUUAAUAUUUUCCAUAGGCGUUUCAGUUGCGAAUCACUCUUCUUUUUAUUGUACACAAAUUUGAAUAGCUGUUGCUGUUGGAUGCCUUGGGUAUUCUUAAGAAUGGCCCAUUGUUGGUCAUGUGUUAUUUAGAUUCUUGAAGGGCGUAGUGCACAA